AGACAGUUAUUCCCACCCACAUAGUAUUGCCAUAAUUUCACACUCUGUUGGACCUGGAAGUGAUGUCGGUGAUGUUGACUGGACGAUGACCAAGAAACUGAAAUUGGGUUUAAACUCAUUGAAAAAUGAGACACUUCCUGUUAGUGGUAACAGAUGUAAUGUUGAUGUGAAACAAUUUAGACCUGAUUGUGAUCAAAGAAUUGUUCACAAACGUAAUCUGAGCAAACACAGUGGAAUUCAUACAGGAGAGAAACUGUUUCAUUGUUCUCAGUGUGGUGAAACAUUUAACCAAAACAGCAGUCUGAAAGCUCAUAUGAUGGUCCAUACAGGAAAGAAAGCAGUUAAUUGCCCUGAGUGUGGAAAAGUGUUUAACAGAAGCAGCAGUCUGAGAACCCAUAUGCCAAUUCACACAGGAGAAAGACCUUUUCGCUGUUCUGACUGUGGAAAAACAUUUAACCGAAACAGCAGUCUGAAAACUCAUAUGAUGGUUCAUACAGGAAAGAAAGCAGUUAGUUGUUAUGAGUGUGGAAAAGCUUUUAACAGAAACAGCAGUCUUAAAACCCAUAUGCUAAUUCAUACAGGAGAAAGACCUUUUUGCUGUUCUGACUGUGGAAAAACAUUUAACCAAAACAGCAAUCUGAAAAUUCAUAUGCUAAUUCAUACUGGAGAAAGACCGUUUAGCUGUUCUGAGUGUGGAAAAACAUUUUACACAAACAGCAAUUUAAAAAACCAUAUGUUAAUUCACACAGGAAAGAAAAAAUUUAAGUGUUCCGAGUGUGGAAAAGCAUUUCCCCUGAAGAGUAAUUUGGAGAGGCAUAUGACCAUUCAUAUGGGAAUUACACCAUUUAUAUGUUUUGAGUGUGGAAAAGCAUUUAACCAAAACAUCUGUCUGAAAAGCCAUAUGUUAAUUCAUACAGGCGAAAGACCCUUUAGCUGUUCUGAAUGUGGAAAAACAUUUAAUCAAAACCGUAAUCUGAAAACUCAUACACUAAUUCAUAUGAGGCACAAGCUCCUUUAACUCUUUUUAGG